CUAACUACUACUACUGCUACUACUUCUACUACUACUUACCCUCCUGUUACUAUUUAGUCCACAGUACUACUACUACCACCACCAAGCUGGCUUUGGACCCUCCGCACCCAAACUUUAAUAAACCCCAUUGCGAUCUCCCAACUCUUACCACGGAUCCCCCCCGUCUCUUAUUGUUACGCGACUUGGUUCAUCAUAAGUAGACCAGCCAAUUCACUGCCCCGCAGAUCCAUCCGUCUCUUCUCUCAAACCAUCUUGUUAUUUGCUUCCCCUAGUCUUUCGCAUCCAGAUCGACUCCCUUACCGCUGCACCUCCUUGAAGGACCACACCCUCAUUAAAUCGCGCCAUCUACCUCUGUCGUUUAUUGCAUUUCACAUUGGGCAGACGUCCCUACACUUUGUGAAUAUUCAACUUCAACCGAGCUUUAUCAGUCCAAGAUGACUACUCCGACUCUGAUCAAUCUCCCUCCCCCGCCAUCGGACCCAGUGACUCCAUCGGACAUGGGGCCAGGGACCCCGAAUUCCGGUACGACUUCGUUGUCGGCCUUGUCUACAACCGCCAUCAAAGAUGGCCAUCAGGGUCAGCCUCUUCCCCACGGUCGUCACGCCCACCACUCCCAUUCCGCAUCUGCUACAUCCACUACCACGCUGGAAGCAGAACGCGCCGACCGUAUCUCGCGUCUAGCAGGCCUGGAACGAGUGGCUACGGCUCGAGCGGGUGGCACUCCACAGCCCUCGGGCAUGAUGGCAGGGACUCAAUACCCCGGCUACUUUGACAGUGGAUCUGGGGUCAAAGAAAGAAGUACGGUAGGCAGUGCCAGUGCGACAGGCAGCGUGGGCGCCCGCACGACCUGGGCCAGUGGCAGUGAUGCGUUCGAUGCAGACCGAAUGAGCGAGUACCCGGAGGACGGGACGUCCAGUGUAGGCAACUACAGCGAUGAAGGCGACGCUAGCCUGGUGGCAUUCGGCGAAGGUGCCAGUACCAUUAGUGGACCAACUUCACAUCCGCUGCUGAACCGAACAUCAUCGGGACAUCGACCUACCUCAUUGGGCAGCCCUGGAGUGAGCCGUGCGAGCGCAUUCGCAUCCCACCAUCAGCAACACUCUGGGGAGGGCGCGAUGCUGCUGUCGACCCAGUCGCCGACCGGAUCCGUGACACCAGAACCUACACAAGAUGCGCGGAUGGUCGAUGGGAUGACGUUCGACUCGGAUGUGAUUGACACCACGGUGAGGACCCCGCGAUUGGCCACUCCCGCUCAAGGUGGCGAGCAGCCGACUUUUUGAGUUACUAGUUUGCUUUCUUUUGUGGGUGAAAAAGGGAGACAGACAAACAGACAGACCGAUGGCCAUAAGGUCGGGUUGUCAAAAGGAUAGGAUUACGGGCGUUGCUGCCAAGUAUUUUCAAGCUUCAAUCAAGUUCAAGGGUUUUUGGUAUUGUAAUUGUACGGAAAAAGAAUGGGACAUGUUUUUGAUGGAAGGGGGGAGAAAGGAGGAUAAGAUCAUUAUCGGCGAGGGAGGCUUUUGUGGGCUCUGGUCAUUUAUUUUACAUGGUUCUCUAGGACGAGAGAGAGAGAGAGAGAGAGAGAGAGAGGGAGGGAGAAGUCGGGAGAUCAAUGAAUAUUUACUUGUAGAAUAGUUAGCUAGCAGCGAG